AUGGCAAAGAGCAAGCAAGUCAAGUCGGCCAGCAAGGCCAAAUCUGAAGUCAAACCUCUUUCCAAGGUCAAAAACGCAUCUGUCACUAAACCCUCUCAGACUCCCAAUGCCAAGUCCAAGGCUGUCGCAAAGGAGGUUGCAACCAAGGUGAACGGCAAGAAGUCAAAGCCCGUCAAGGCUGCUACCCCAUCUUCUGACUCUGAAUCCGAAUCUGAGGCCGACUCUGACUCGAGCGCCGACUCUUCUGAGGAAGAACUUGAGGUCAAGAAGCCAGUCGCCAAUGGAAAGGCUAACGGAAAGACCAACGGUGCUGUCAAGAAGCAAGAGGUAGAUUCCUCUGAUUCCUCCGAUUCUUCUGAUUCUUCAGAAGAUGACUCUGACGCUUCCGAUUCUGACGAGUCCGAGAAGUCUGCUGCCGCUUCCGACAGCGAUGAUAGCGACGAGUCUGAGGAUGAUUCCGAAGAGGAGGCCAAGCCUGUUGCUGUCGCCAAGAAUGUUGCAAAGAAGGCUGUUGAGACUGGCAAGGCCGCUGUCAAUGGAGCUGCAAAGGCUGUUGCUAAGGCUACUGAGACUUCUGAUUCCGAGGAUGAUGAGGAAGACUCCGACGAAUCUGCCUCUUCCGAUUCUAGCGAUGACGAGGAGGAUUCCGAUGAUAGUGAGAAGGAGGAAGCCCCAAGCAAGAAGCGUAAGGCUGAGGAGGAUACCGUUGAGACUGUCAAGAAGGCCAAGACCGAGGCUGUUGAUGAUGGCUCCAAGAACCUGUUCGUUGGUAACUUGAGCUGGAACGUUGAUGAUGAGUGGCUAUACCGCGAAUUCGAGGAGUUUGGUGAGAUCUCUGGUGCUCGUGUCAUCAGCGACAAGGCUACUGGUCGAUCCAAGGGUUUCGGAUAUGUUGAGUUCACCAGCUCCUCUUCUGCCGCUGCUGCUCUCAAGGCCAAGAAGGGUUCUCUCAUUGAUGGUCGUGAGGCCAAUGUUGAUUUCUCUACACCACGAAGCAACGAUGCUCCUCGCGAUCGCGCUCAAGAUCGUGCCAAGCAAUUCGGUGACCAGAAGAAUGAGCCUUCCGAUACCCUUUUCUGCGGUAACCUUUCCUUUGAUGCUGAUGAGAAUACUGUUGCUGAGGCUUUUGGUGCUCAUGCUACCGUCGUUAACAUCAGACUUCCAACUGAUCAAGAGAGUGGCAACCCCAAGGGCUUCGGAUACGUUACCUUCUCCUCCAUCGAUGAUGCCAAGACCGCAUACGAGGCUAUGCUUGGUCAAGAGAUUGCUGGCCGUCCCGUUCGUCUCGACUACGCUCAACCAAGACCUGAACGCACGGAAGGAGGCCGAGGUGGAUUCGGUGGCGGACGAGGAGGUGGACGUGGUGGAUUUGGAGGUGGCCGUGGCGGAGGCCGAGGAGGUCGUGGUGGCUUUGGUGAUCGUGGUGGACGUGGGGGUGCUCGAGGUGGUCGCGGAGGCUCCACAAACCGUGGCGGCUUCGGAGACUUCAAGGGCAAGAAGCAGACUUUUUAA